CUGACGUCACCCUGCGCGCCAGUGACGUCAGGGCCUGUGUUUUCCCCGGAAAAGAAAUCUCUUCUGCAAAACUGCCGUCGAAGAGAAGGGGCUAUUUCGGAGGGGCCUCUAAGGGAGGGAAGGGAAAGGAAGGCUGAGCUGAGCUGAGCUGGAGUGGGGCUGGCCCGGCCCUCGGAGGCCGGGCGCGGGGCGGGUAGCGUCGCAGGAGAGGAAGAAUCCAUCCCGCAAUGAGCGUCGUUUGCUGAGCUGCCUUCUCGAGAAGCACGUUCAAAAGUAAAUUUGUCGUAUUUGAAUCGCCCCCUUCCUCUGAGAGGCUCGGCUCACCUGGUGAGAGUGGCAGACAGACUUGCCCAGGUAUGGAUGGGUCAAAAUCUCCUGCCUGCACCAUGCACGUCAGCUUUGUUUGCCAGCGCUGCAGUCAGCCCCUUAAACUGGAUACAUCCUUCAAGGUCCUUGACAAAGUCACCAUCCAAGAGCUGACAGCUCCACUCCUUACUACUGCUCCAGUAAAACCAGGGGAUGCACAGGAAGAAGAGACCACUUUGACAGAGGAAGUGUUUGUUGAAAACCGCCAGGAUGGCGUGUCCCGAAGAUUCAUCCCCACAGCCAGGAUGAUGUCAACAGAAAGUGCCAACAGCUUCACUCUGAUUGGAGAGGCCUCUGAUGGAGGCACCAUGGAAAACCUCAGCAGAAGACUCAAGGUUACAGGUGACCUGUUUGACAUCAUGUCUGGCCAGACAGAUGUGGACCAUCCUCUGUGUGAAGAAUGCACUGAUACACUCUUGGAUCAGUUGGACACACAGCUUAAUAUCACAGAGAAUGAAUGUCAGAACUACAAGAGAUGCCUGGAAAUCCUUGAGCAGAUGAACGAGGAUGAUAAGGAGAAGCUGCAGCUGGAGCUGAAGGAAUUUGCUCUUGAGGAGGAGAGGCUGAUUGAGAUGCUGGAGGAUGUGGAGCAGAAACGCAAGGCAAUGGCCAACGACGUUGAGAAGGUCAGGGCUGAGGCAGAGCGGCUGGAUCAAGAGGAAGUGGAGUACCAGAAAGAAUACAGCGAGUUCAAGCGGCAACAACUGGAACUGGAUGAUGAGCUGAAAAGUGUUGAUAAUCAAAUGCGUUAUGCCCAGAUGCAGCUGGACAAGCUAAAGAAAACAAACGUGUUUAAUGCCACCUUCCAUAUCUGGCAUAGUGGACAGUUUGGCACAAUAAACAACUUUCGUCUGGGCCGCCUCCCCAGUGUCCCUGUGGAAUGGAACGAGAUCAAUGCAGCGUGGGGGCAGACGGUGCUGCUUCUCCAUGCCCUUGCCAACAAAAUGGGUCUGACCUUUCAAAGGUACCGUCUCAUCCCAUAUGGAAACCAUUCUUAUUUAGAGUCCCUUACAGACAAAUCCAAGGAGCUGCCCCUUUACUGUUCAGGAGGCUUGCGGUUUUUCUGGGACAACAAGUUUGACCAUGCCAUGGUGGCAUUCCUGGAUUGUGUGCAGCAGUUCAAAGAGGAAGUGGAAAAGGGCGAGACACGCUUCUGUUUGCCUUACAGAAUGGAUGUGGAGAAGGGCAAGAUUGAAGACACAGGUGGAAGCGGUGGGUCCUACUCCAUUAAGACACAGUUUAACUCGGAGGAGCAGUGGACAAAAGCACUGAAGUUCAUGCUGACAAACCUGAAGUGGGGUCUAGCUUGGGUCUCUUCCCAGUUCUAUAAUAAAUGAUGAUUGCAGCAACGGGGCAGGAGCCUAUCCUGCAACAUGGCUGCAGUUUGUUUCUUGGAUGCCAAAAAUGGGACAUGCCAAAAAUGGGACUUGUCCUGUGACAUCAGCACACCACCUUUACAAGACCAAAAAACCUUCAAGGCAUUUUGUUCUACAACUUCGUUGUCCAGUAGAAUGAAGCAAAAUGGCUGCAUAGCAUGGUUGGAUAUCUCUGCCAGGACAUUGUCUGCUGCUGCUUUGGGGAAGGGGGGAGAGUGACAGAGUAAGCAGGCAGCAGCAUCGGCUUAGAGCAGGAAAAAGAGACCUGUUUUAAAUAGAGCUUUCAGACAAGACAGUGGUAGUUAUGGACUCCACUUGGCAAAACGGUAACUAGAGUUUGCAGUUUGGUUACUGCAUGAAGGUGCACUGGAAAGCAUAUAAAUAAAUAAAACCAGUUUGUAUUCUGGAA